AACACGCAAUUACAUUCUUAAUGUUAUUUUCAAUUUUAGUUAAGCUGCUGUCCUGUUGUGUGCUUUUUUCUGCGUUGUGUUCUUGUGGUUCCGUAUGCGCGCGUUUUAACUUUUCGCCUGUCAGCUGUCAUAGCGAUGUUAUGUUCGAUAUCGUUUCAUAUCAUUACGUUUAUUAAAUACUGUGAGAUCGCCUACCUAAACGGUUCGACCAUCAUGACGCUGUCAAACCAAAAGCAAACGAAGCCAUAGCGUUUUGAUUGUAUGGAAGUGUUGUACUCGGUAGCUUGCAAAGGUAAAAUCAAUCGCGUCCUAUAACAUAGUUUUUUUAUUAAAAGAAAGACUUCGCAUCACAGCGCGGCGAUGAUGGCAGGCUCAGCAGAGUCGUUAGCCGCCUCGCGUUUUGCGAAUGCGCUUUGCGCGACUGAAAGCUCAUUUCAAGAGUCCGAAUUUCCAGAAGAGUGUCGCAGCCAUCUUGUCGAAGGUGGCUUUCGAGAGCUUCGCGAGCGACACAACAGCGAAUCGUCCUCGAGUGACGCAAGUUCGGGUAGUUUCGAGUCCUGCCUUGAAGAAAUCGAAGAACUUCCAGACCGCAGUGGGAUUGGGUCUCAGCGCGUCGUGCUGUCUGUAUCGGAAGAUUCCUCCGACCCUCGAAGACACGGAACGCUUCGAGACCACCAGCUUCCAUUUUUUGAAAGUUUCUUCGAUAUGACGCGGGAAUUUGUCUCACUCUUUACGACGCUUCACUUCGAGCGCAAAUGCAUCGCCGGCGUCUACGUCUGCGUCACCUGCCAGCAGGCUUUGGUUGUCCUACAAAAGAUAGUCACGGCGAUGAGAAACAAUCCGCAGGGCCGUCAGCAGAUCCUAAACAACUGCACGUUCAUGAAAGUUCUGCUUAAUUUAUGUGACCUAGACGCUCCCGUAGGCCCGCAAAUCUGCUCCGUCAUCGGCCGACAUGUUAGCUGGUUUUACCAGCGUGGUCUCAACAGGCCACUCAUUGAUUCUGUUGAGAUCCUCCCAGAUACAGAAGCUAGCAUCAAGCUCUGGCAGCUUUUCUUGGGAAAGGCAGUUGAUAAGAUCAAGCCCCUCACCUAUGUCACAAAGUUCAGCAAGUCCCCCAAGAGUUUUAACCUUCCAGAAGGGGCCAACAGCAUGUGGACCGAAACAGAGGAUGCCAGUAAGGAAACUGACCAUGCCCUUCUCAAAGCACUGAAGCCCUCCCAGACACCUGUCCAAGUAGGAGAGCUCUCCAUGCUCGAAGUGGUUGGUUGUCUCGAUGCUCAGCAUUUGUGGGUCUACAGCGGCGGAGAGACGAAAGAAAGCAUCCAGUCGCUCGGCGAGUCCAUCUUAGAGUUUUUGGGCACUUUGACGGAGCCAAGACCUCGGCAGCAUGCACCCACGGUCGGAAGCAUUGCAGGGUUCAUGUUGUCGAGUGAGCAUGCUCGUAGGGUUCUUGUCCUGCAAGUUCAGGGGGACGCAGCAGAUGUCUGGUCCAUGGACUAUGGAGAUAUCUACCAGGUGCCAUGGUCUACCCUUGUCGACUUGCCACCUUCCUUCAAGUGCAUUCCAGCACAAGUCGGCCUUUGCGUCUUAAAAGAUGUCAGACCAGUCCCAUACCUGAGUCUCCUGAGGGAGUGUGUGAGAACGCUGCGCUGUAUAACCUCUCACCACGGAAGCGAAGUGUCCUACCAUGCUAGCAUGGUGCACCAGAUCUCACGCCUCAGAGGCUUCCAGGUGCUUUGUGACCUGGUGUCCUGUCCUGACCAAGAGUGCCGCCUCAGUGCCAUUGUUUGCAUGCUGCAGUCCUGCCGCCACCACCUUGGACAUGCUGCUCUCUCGGAGGCGGGAUGUGUUCCCGCGGUGCUCGGGCAUCUGAGGAAACUUCUCGUGAAGCAUGUUCCAGUCAACUACAACAGUGAUAUCCAAGAAAAACAGCACCUGGUGAGGCUGCUACAGACCAUGUUCCUGCACAACGAGCAGCUGCUCGACGAAUAUGCCGACUCUGACCUGUUGCAGGUCCUCUGUCGGAUCCAGAAAAAUUUGUCGCCCAAAUGCAUGUUGUACAGAGACGUGGACUGCUGCCUCCGUACAAUACUAGCACCUGCCUACAGGGAGUGCAGACCUUCCUCACAGGUCAAGCUGGUUUCCAUGACCGCUGAAAAGCUGCGAAAUCUGAAUCGAACAGCAGGUCACCACGAGUCAUGGAACGAAGGCAAUCCCCGGCCACAGCCCCCGCACACCGAGCUCCUGGCCGUCAACGCCUCGGACAGGCGCACACUUGUGCCCCGCGGCCGUUUCUACCUGCGCGGCACCCUGGCCGACUUUGGGUGUGACGGCACCCACGAGUUGCGUCCGCUGCCCAACAUGAAGCAGGCCUCUGCCCGCACGCUGGCCAAGAUCUUCUGCUCGUUUCUCAACACGUGGCGCCCGUGCACCAUCUACUACGGCAUCACACGGGACCACUUCGUGCGCGGGGUGGCCGUGAACCACGAGGAGCGGGACGGCCUCCGCCGGGGUGUCGACUUCAUGGUGGGCAACCUGCGGCCGCACCUGACCUCAUCGAGCUACUCGGUCGAGUUCGUGCCGGUCCUGCGGUCGCCCGAAGAUCCGCCGGAGUCCUCCUUCAAGUCGGUGAUGGAGGUGCGGGUGUGCGGGGUGCCGCAGACAGUGUACACAACGUCGGACGGCGAGUGUUUCUUGCGGGAGGGCAGCUGCACGUACCAGGCCACCACCCACAACAUGCGCAGCUGGGUUGCCAGGCAGGAGGAGGAGCACUACGUCUCGGGGGGGGGCCCCGGGGGCGAUCAAGGGAAUGGAGAAGAGCGGCCUGCUGCUUAGGGGCGAAGGAGCGAGCCUCUGAGACACGUGUGCGGCGUUUCUGUCGAUGAAGUGGACGUCCCGGAAUCGUGGUAGGUUUUGUUGGAUUCUCUCAUCUGCCCGGAGCAACGGUUGCGGACGGGGGCCCUCCGACUUUAGCACGUAGUGCUGCUGUGGACCUGGCACCCGAGAAGCUAUGAGGUCGCACUUGCGGCUCCUGCUUCCGUCGGGCAGAAGAAUACGUGGAGUGUGGAGUUCAAUUUUCAUCAUUGUUGUCAGAGUUUAGAAUUAGGCAAAUGGGAACUCUUUUUUGUGAUAUCUGUUUGGUCUUAUAUUUUUCCUAUUUUGGGUUUUGUUCCCAUUUGCAAUGGAAUCUUGUUAGCUCUUCCAGCACUGCCACUGUGAGUUCCUCACAUCCUGGUUCUUGAUGUGUCUUGUCUUUCACCAUUUCUGCAUAUUUGUCUUUUCAUUCAAUUCUUUAGUUGACAUUUUUGUGUUCUUCUAUCUAUCCUAUCAGCCUUCUUAGAGCUUGUAAUAUUGUUGUGGCAUAUUUAUGGCCUUCGUCUUGAGGUAGCUCGAUGGUUGUGUUUUUUUUGCCUUAGAUGUCCCUUUUGUGUUCUCUUUCAUGCAUUUGUGCAACUCCACUAUCACGUAUGAGGGAUGCUCAAUAAGUUUUGCCUCCUGGGCUGUAUCUUUUUUAUUCAGUGAUGGGAUUAAAAGAUAUUACAUUCAAAUGAAGGUUGCAGUCCCCACCAUUGGCAAUGCACUUAUGCCACCGGUGCACUAUAGUCUCUGCUUGCUUUCGUAAAAGAACGAAGGUGACUCUUGAUGAGACUGACGCUGCAUGGAUGCACUGCAGUUACAAUAUAUGUAGCUCCACCCAGCUCACAGGUUAGACCUCAUGCCAUCAGACUUUUGUCUGUUUCCCAAGAUGAAGGAACAUCUGAAAAGAGUGCGGUUUGCGUCCGACAAAGAGGUCACUAAUAUUGUGUGCCGUUGGUAUCAUCAGCAGCCACCGUAAUAUUUUUUUACAAAGGCACGCAGAGGCUUGUGCAGUGAUGGAAGUGCAUAAUUGCUGGUCGGUACUACGGUAUAUUGAAAAGUGAUGUGUUUCUGGGAAACAGGAGAUUUCAAAUUUUAAUUUGAACAUAUCUUUCAAUUCCAUUGCUAAAUAAAAAAAUUUACAGCCAAGGAGGCAAAACUCAUUUAACAGCCCGCAUUUAUUUGGGUCUUGUCCUCCUUGAGGCACACCAAUCCAUUGGAUGGGAUUCCUUUGCAAAAGUCAUUAUUAGCCCAGUGUGCUCAUUCUUCGCUAGGUAGUCAUUUGCUGUGCAUGUGUGAGCGAAUCUAGUCCAUCAAGUCAUUGCUUUUUGCAGUGACUACUUUUGCAUGGUUUAGUUACCAGACGUAAAAGAAUUAACUCCCACGACGGUGCGUUUCAAUAACGUGCCAAGCCCCAGGCUUCUGAACAAGAUUUUGAAAUGACGUAUCUGCAUCCCUGGAAAAAUUUAUUUGUCAAUGCCAUUUUUGUGUUAGAUUGCUUUUAGCAGAAUUAUGGCACUAAGGGGAGUUGUUGGCAUCAAUAUUUUUCUGGAUCUGAAUGAAAUGCAGGGUUUGCAGGAUUCUUUUUUCACAAGGAAGCUUCUCCUUAAUUGAGAAGUGGAUGGAGAAGUGCUUUCAUAUUACAUCCCAUUAGUUUCGUAGUGAAGUUUUCAUGUGGAUAUGACACCAUUGCAUCAGCAUGACAUUUUCCUCCGAUUUUAUGUCCACAAUAGCAUUCAUGUAGACCAGGGCCGUACCCAGAAAAAAAUUUCGGGGGGGGUUUUCGGGGACAACGGCGGCCAUUUUGAAAGUGUAUGUGCAUCGGUGGCAUAUAAUGGAGAGUUACAGCAAACCGGAGAACCGGUCCCGGUUUGGUACCCGGUAGCCGACCGGCGCCACUGCGCGUGCGCAGAGGUGGAGAUUAAAAUAGACUGACUGCCAGUGCACCGACCAGGGCCGUACCCAGAAAAAAAUUUCGGGGGGGGUCAGAACCCCCUAACCCCCCCCCCUGGUUACGGCCCUGAUGUAGACACAAGUAUGUCUCUUUCCUUCUUUUUUUUUAUGCUGAAAGAUUAGGAAGUAUAUGUAUGAAGUACUAUUGGGCCUCAAUGAAUUGUAAACAGCAGAGCACAUGACUUUCGAUAUAUGCUGAACCACCUGGGGGUCUCUGAGCUCGUCAGGGAAAAGGAAAAUUUGGGAGUUUCAUGUACCUAACCAACAAAGGGCGUCUGGCAUGCCUUAGCGGAAGACUGGAUUCAUUUCGGUCACCUUGGGAUCCUUUGACACGCAACCAAAAUCUCUGUCUCUGCAAUGAGCCUCUGUCAGACGAUCGGAAAGAGUAUGUGUCCCACCCAAACAUUGACUUUGCACUCGGGUCCAACCUGCGCCUCCCGCUGGCCGGGUGUAGGCGACGUGAAAAAUUCAGUGCUGCGGCCUUGCUAUCUGGGAAUUGCUGGUAGGACCUGCACCCUUGCAGCCUCCAUCUCUGCUGCAUAUUUUUUUUUUUGAGUUCUCAGGAACCUUCAGGCAGUGCUGUAUCAAAAGCCACAUGCUCCGCUGUUUGCACUUCUUUAGGACUCGGUAGAACAUAUUUAAGUUUAAUGAAAAAAUUAGUUUUAGCAUGGUAGUUUCCACGAGUAAAUCCUGAUUGCUGUGAAAAAUAAAGUAAUGGUGUUCAAAAUUGUCGAAGAAUUGACACUCGUGGUAGUGCAUCAUAAAACACCCAGUAUGGUUUCGAACAUUGCUUGAGCUUUAUUGAAACAUCCUAGAG